AUGCCCAACGGCUCUCUGGAUUCCUUACUCUUCUCAAGUAAUUCCAAAGGUAAACAAAAGGUACUCGACUGGAAGAAUCGAUUUGAGAUCGCUUUAGGCACCGCAAGAGGAUUACUUUAUCUCCAAGAAGAAUGCACAGAUUGCAUCAUUCACUGCGAUGUUAAGCCAGAAAAUAUUCUGCUCGACGCUAAUUUGUCACCGAAGUUGGCGGAUUUCGGGUUGGCAAAGCUUUUGGGUAGAGAUUUCAGCCGCGUCCUGACCACAACGAGAGGAACAAGAGGGUACUUGGCUCCAGAGUGGAUCUCCGGUCUUCCCAUCACUCCCAAGGUUGAUGUAUACAGUUUUGGUAUGAUGCUCUUGGAAAUCAUUUCCGGGCGAAGGAAUAUUGAUUUAACAGCGCAAGAUUUCAGUGAGUAUUACUUUCCAGCGUGGGCUGCAACACAAAUUUAUAAUGGGAACGUGAUUAAUAUUGUGGAGGAGGGUAUUGCAGAGGAGAGAGAUCUGGAGGAGGUGAGAAGAGCAAGUAUUGUAGCGUUGUUAUGCAUUGAACAGGAUGAGGAGGUGAGGCCAAGCAUGGGGCAAGUGGUGCUGAUGCUGGAAGGGAAGAUCCAGCCGCAAAUUCCGCAGAUCCAGUGCUCUACGCUCAUCGACAACCAAGCAGACCGUAGGGUCACUGACAGCAGUAGCGAGAGUUGA